AUGUGGCGAGGGCGCGACCGAUGGUGUCGCUGGGUGUUGGUGAUAUGCAGUUUGUUGCCCACGGCUCUACCACAAAUUCAGUCACAACAAUCCGGUAGCAUCAAUCAGAAUCUUGGAAAUCCCGAAGCCGGAACUCUAUUCACAGGCACAGGAAGUAAUGUCUACUAUGGAGGUAAGCUGAAGGUGACGACAGUGGCGACACUCUCUCAGUAA